AUGUCAACAACUCAUCACCUUUAUUUUACAAACACCAUCCUCUUUUUCUUCCUCUCUACCUCAUUACCAUUUUUAGCAACAACCACUUCCAUUCCACAAGAGCUUCUCAAAGGCUUCUCCACAACCUUACUCUCUACAUCCACAUCCUUUCAACCCGUUCUAACCGACCCAACCGGCAACUUCUCUUUCGGCUUCCUCCGCCACAACCAAAACGACCUUCAACUAGCCGUCGUUCACACACCUUCCUUAGAACCACUAUGGAUCGCCAACCCAACCCAAUUAGUAUCAUGGGCCGACACCACACGCCUCUUCUUCAAUGGCAGCUUAGUUUUGUCGGAUCCUAAAAGAAGCAUCACGUGGUCAACGAACACAGACGGAGACUGCGUGGUGCUUCUCAACACCUCGAACCUACAAAUUCAAAACAAAGCUCCACUCUGGGAAAGUUUCCAUUUUCCUAGAGAUACCCUCGUUCAGGAUCAAAACUUCACCACCAACAUGACUUUAGUAUCGUCUAACCGUCUCUACUCGUUACAGUUAGGCGAUAAUUUCAUGGGCUUAUACAUACUUAACUCCGGAGAAGAACAAGGAAAGUCGUUAUCAUUAUCAAAACGGUUAUUUCUGUUAUACUGGAAACGCACUGCAUUACAAGCAAAAGCUAAGGUAAUAAUCGGUGCAGGACCUAUUUCUGCAAGAGUAAGCAUAGAGGGUUACAUCGGAAUGUAUCAAACAAGUUCAAAACCGAUUGACGUUCAGAAAUUCAACAGCUUCCAACAAACAUCAUCAACGUCGUUUCUCUUGGUUCGUUUAGAAUCUGACGGGAAUCUCAAAGGUUAUUAUUGGGAUUCAACAAAGUCAACCUGGCUACUUAACUAUCAAGCUAUAACAGAAUCCUGCGGGCUUCCGAAUCCUUGCGGUUCGUAUGGUUUGUGUACGCCAGGAGAGUCUAGUUGUUCUUGUUUAGAUAACCAAACCAGUUUCAAAUCGGGUGGUUGUUUAGAUGACAGUGGUAGAGAUGGUGAAUUGUGCGGUGUGGAUGGAAUUGGUGGAGAGAAAAACUACAUGAUUUUGAGAAGGAACGGGGUGGAACCACCUCAUAAGGAGUUAUUGGAGGAAGUAACAACGUUGUCUUUGGAGGAAUGUGAAGAGUUAUGUGAGAAAAACUGUAGAUGUUGGGGAGCGUUGUAUAAUAACCAAACCGGGUUUUGUUACGUUAUGGAUUAUCCAAUAGGAACAAUGUUGGGAACUGAAGAUGAGUCAAAGAUGGGUUAUUUUAAGGUGAGGAAAGGUGCACGGAAGAGGAAUAGGGUUGGGGUUAUAAUUGGAAUUGUGGUAGUUUUUUUUGUUGGGGUUAUUAUUAUUGGGGGUGUGAUUUGUGUAUUGAGGUGGAGAAAGAAAAAAGUGAGUAUGAAGGAGGAAGAUAAUUGGGCCUUGUCCGGCCCAUAUAAGAAUCUGAGAUCCAAAAGUUUUAGUUCAAUUGAAAUGUCAAAUAGGGAUGGCAACGGGGCGGGUCGGGGGCGGGUUUAG